UAUAGAUAGAUUGAAUGAUUGAUAGGGUUUUUUUUUCUCAUUUGAACCGAGCAUCUCAAGGUUAUCUCUCAGAUUAAAAAAAAGCAAAAAAUUAAAAAAAAAAGAAGCGAAAUGGCGACGACAUGCGAUUCCAGUUAUGAUCGAAUAAGCGAAUUAAAAGCUUUCGACGACACAAAGGCCGGUGUCAAAGGACUUGUUGAUGCUGGAAUCACCAAGGUACCGCGAAUUUUCCAUCACCUACGUGAUGAUUCAGACAAUACUUUGCUUGUCGCUGCUGAAGGAAAGUUCAGAAUUCCGAUGAUAGACCUGGAAGAUGUCCAUAAAGGUCCACCUCAACGCAAGGAGAUUGUUGACAGAGUCCGAAAUGCAUCAGAGACUUGGGGCUUUUUUGAAGUGGUCAAUCAUGGGAUUCCAGUAGAUGUUCUGGAGGAGAUGAAGGAUGGGGUACGUAGGUUUUAUGAGCAAGAUGUUGAGCUGAAAAAAGAAUACUUCUCUCGAGACCAUACGAGAAAGGUUGGGUAUAAUAGCAACUUUGAUUUGUUUAGUUCACCAUCAGCUAAUUGGAGAGACACCUUUACCUGUGUCAUGGCUCCCAUUUCUCCCAGGCCAGAAGAGUUGCCAGCCGCAUUCAGAGAUAUUCUCAUAGAAUACACCAAGGAAGUAAUGAAAUUGGGAAAUUCACUGUUCGAGUUACUAUCAGAGGCUCUUGGUUUGAACCCCAACCACUUGAAAGACAUUGAUUGCAGCAAGGGGCUUACAAUUCUGGGCCAUUAUUAUCCGGCGUGUCCCCAGCCAGAAUUGACGUUGGGUACAACUAAGCACUCUGAUAAUGACUUCCUCACAGUGCUUCUACAAGAUCAUAUUGGUGGCCUCCAGGUUAUGUAUCAGAAUCAUUGGGUUGAUGUACCUCCUACGCCUGGGGCUCUGUUGAUUAACAUUGGAGAUCUUCUACAGCUUAUAUCAAAUGACAAGUUCAUAAGCGUUGAGCAUAGGGUGCUGGCAAACCGUAUAGGACCAAGAGUAUCUGUAGCGAGCUUUUUCAGCACAAAUCUUAAUCCAAACUCAAGACCCUAUGGACCUAUCAAGGAGUUGUUAUCAGAAGAGAGUCCUCCAAAGUACAGGGAAACCACAGUAAGAGAUUAUGUUGCCUACUUCAUCCACAAAGGCCUUGACGGGACAUCUGCUCUGCUGCAUUUCAAGCUGUGAAAUUAAGAAAUGUGAUAAGCCUAAAAAAGGAUAUGUAUACGGACACGUAUUUCUAUGGAAUAACUUAUAUUGCUUGGCUCAAUGGUUGUGUAAUUAGUGACUUAAAUAAGUAAAACAGAUUAAACUCCCCGUGUAUCUACUUUUCUCAAUUAUUUUGUAAUGAAAAAGGAAAGGUUACCCAUUGUA